UUAUGAUAACUUAAAGGUAUUCUAAGAAUAAAACAGAUAAACAAUGUUUAUUAGUCAUCCAAGAUGAAAAUGAUUUAUUCAUCAAUUAAAAAAUUUUUCAUUUCUACCUAAAUUUUGAUUCUUCAAAUAUUAUCAUAUUUUUAAAAUAAUUUAUCUAAAUUUUUUAGACUCUUCGGAAACGAUGGUUAGAAAAUGUUAAUAACAACAACGUUAGUAUAUCAUCAUCAUUAACUAAUUCAAAUGUUAAAUCAAUAUCUUCAAAUAUACAAAUUCUAUCAUCAUCUCAAGAUCAUCUUGAAACAAAUCCAGAAUAUUCUAGAAAACAACCUCAAAUAUCAACAACAUCUACUUUUCAAGCAUCAUCAUCAGAUUUAUUUAAAUCAAUAUCUUCGUUACGAGGACCGAUCGAUAAAGAAACAAAUGAAAAAUUUACUUUAUUUGAACCCAUUUUGAACUGUUCAAAUCAUUUAUUAAAUUUAUUAUGUCUUCAACAUCUAUCGAAAUUACGAGAAGUAGUUCAAUUAAUGAUUGAUGAAAUAUGUCGUAUACAAUCAAUAAUAAAUUUAUAUGAUGAACCAUCAUUACGUCAUGCAAAACAAACAAUUUUAGGAAUAAAAGAUCAAAUCAAUAAAACAUUUUAUGAAAAACAUAUUGAU